UUUCUUUUUCAGAUAAAAUGCCUAUUAAAAUAAAAAUAACGUCUAAAGGUGAGGAUAUUUCUGAGUAUGGUCCUACCGGAGGUGGUCAGCAGCCAUCAGAUUUAAUAAACUCUGGUGAUAAAACAGCUGACUCUAGCGAUCAAACAGCUGACUCUAGCGAUAAAACAGCUGAAUCGAGCGAAAAAACAGCUGAAAUUGAUGCAUCAUCUAGUAGCUCUGAAAACAAAUCCCCCGAAAAAGAAAGCAAAUCCUUGAGUGCGGAUUCUACGAAUGCAGAAGAUCCUAUGGAUACUGAACCUGCCGGUUCUCAGAUUAACUAUGAAUACGAGGGAGAUGAUACGUUCUAUACAGAUGCUCAAACACAUGUCCGGUACAAGUGGGAUAAGGAUGAAAACUGUUGGAAAACUGAAGACGGAGGAGCUGCACUUCCUCCUGGGCCCCAGGUUAACAGUGCUGAUUAUGAGUUGGAUGGUGAUACUUACGUUUACCGGGAUUCAUCAGGAGUUAAACAUAAAUGGAAUAAAGAUGCAAACCAGUGGGAUAAACAACAGGAUUCCGACGAGUCGGAAGAAGACGACAAUACAACGGAAGAGGAAAGGAAAGCCCGGCAAUACCGGAAACGGAAAGCAGCUCCAGGUUGGGAAGCAAAGAAAUAUGAAAAGGAUCCUGAGACUGGUAAGACAGUAUAUAAGGACCCCCAGGACGGAUUAACCUAUGAGUGGGAUGAGGAUAAGAAGGCCUGGUUUCCUCAGCUAGGAGAGGAGUUCAUGGCAGCAUAUCAACUCAACUACGGGUUUACCAAUGAUCUUCAAUCCAAACCUACAGUACCUGAACCAGUAGUGGAGAAACCACCUCCCCCUCCACCUAAACCUAAACUCCAGAAAGGACAGAAAAAGGAGGUUGAGCCCCCUAAAUGGUUCGACGUGGAUGAGAAGAAGUGCACCAAGGUUUACGUGUCUGGGCUACCCAGCUCCGUCACGGACGAGGAGUACGAGGAGUUAAUGGCAAAGUGCGGAAUGAUCGAGCAUGACGUGAGAACGAAGAAGUCCAAGUUGAAGCUGUAUAAGGAUGAGAAGGGUGUACCAAAGGGAGAUGGCCUAUGCUCAUACAUAAAGCCGGAGUCUGUCCAACUAGCACUCACUAUUCUUGAUGGAUCUGAUUUUAAGGGAAACACACUGAGCGUAGAGAGGGCCAAGUUUGAGAUGAAAGGAGACGCAUAUGAUCCGAAACUGAAACCAAAAAAACUCAGUAAACGGGACAAGGAGAAGGCGCUGAGGCAGAAGGAGAGAUUGUUCGCCUGGGUCCCCGACAAGAUGAAGGGAGAGAGAGCGAAGCACGACAAAGUAAUUGUGAUCAAAAACCUGUUUGAUCCUGCAGAGUUCAGUAGGGAUCCAGGAUUAAUUAUUGAUUAUACAUCAAGGAUUAGAUCUCAGUGCUCCAAGUUUGGAACAUGCACCAAAGUCUGUAUUUACGACAAGCACGAGGAGGGCAUCUGUCAAGUGUUUUUCAAGGACCCCUCUGAAGCUGAUUUGGCCGUUCAGAUGCUGGACGGACGAUUAUUCGGCAAAAGAAUCAUGGCCGUUCAAACUUGGGACGGUCGAACUAAAUAUAAGAAGAACGAGACGGAGGAGGAGGAAAAAGAAAGAUUGGCGCAAUGGGAGAAAUUCCUCCAAGGGGAAGAGGAUACAGAUAAAGCAAAGAAAGAAGAAACUGAAGAGAAGAAGGAGGAAAAUGAGGAGGUAUCUACUGUCAGAAAAGAGGAGAAAAAGAAAAAACAUGAGAAGGAAAAUAGUGAUAAUUGCAAGGAGAAUGAGUCACCCAGUGAAGAUAUGGAAAUCAACUAAAAUAUUUAAAUCUUUUAUUUUUAAUUAUUCCAGA